GAGUGAGUGCUCUCGAAACUUGACGAAGGCGCACUUUACGAUUGCGCUGCGCGGAGUCACAGCUCCUUUGCCCGCCCGUCCACGUGCUACCAUGGCCGAUGCCAGCAGACGCAACUUCGUCCUCGGUAUCGACAUCGGCACGACGAACGUCAAGGCAUGUCUCGUACCCGAAGGGGGCAACGCGGCUAGUGCCACGCAGUCGCGGGAGACUCAGGCGACCUUAGCCAGCGAACUUGGACCUCUGGGGAGUGAACAGGACGCGCACAAGAUAUGCACCGCGGUGCAGUUCUGUCUCUCGCGUCUUCCGAAGGAACACCUCGUCCACGUUACGCGCAUAGCGGUGUCGGGCCAGAUGCACGGCGUGGUCUUGUGGAAACACGGCGGCGCUUGGAAACAGAACGCGUUCGGACGGUACGACGUCGGCGGGGAGGACGUCAGCCCUCUUUACACGUGGCAGGACGGACGUUGUACGCCGGACUUCUUGCGCGAACUGCCGUGCCCGCAGAGUCAUCUACGGUUGAGCACGGGGUUUGGCUGCGCGACGCUCUUCUGGUUGUUGAAGAACAGGCCGGAGGACGUUCGCGAGAAGUACGACAGGGCGGGUACCAUACAGGACAUGGUGGUGGCCAUGGUGUGUGAACUGGAGAGGCCCGUCAUGUCGACGCAGAUUGCGGCUUCGUGGGGCUACUUCGAUACGGUCAGCGGCACGUGGAACAAGGACAGGUUAUGCGAGGCUGACUUUCCGGUGUCUCUCCUGCCUGACGUCGUGCAAGCUGGUGAACUGGCCGGACGGCUGAAAAGCGCCUGGUAUGGAAUCCCCGUCGAGACGCCCGUCUAUGCAGCCCUGGGGGACAUGCAGAGCUCCGUCAUGUCCACCAUGCUGGAGGACAGGGAUGCAGUAUUAAACAUCAGCACUUCAGCCCAGCUGUCUUUCCUGAUGCCUGACGGAUUCGUUCCAUCUCCGACGGCGGACGUUUCUUCCCCCAUCGAAUAUUUUCCUUACUUCAAAGGGCGCUACCUGGCUGUGGCCGCUUCACUCAACGGAGGCAACGUCAUGGCCGCUUUCGUGCGGUUACUACAGCAGUGGACCCACGAACUAGGCCUCGGCGUACCAGAGAGCAAGAUCUGGGAGCGGAUCUCCUCCAUCACGGACGACCCGACCACGGAGUCCGACCUCCUCGUGGUGCCAACUCUGUACGGCGAACGCCAUCUGCCGGACCAGAGGGCGUCAGUCGUCAACAUCGACCCCAUGUGUCUGUCCCUGGACAAGGUGGCCAGAGCCCUGUGCAACGGCCUGGUGGCCAACAUGCACUCCAUGAUGCCGCAAGAGGUCCUGAUUGAAGCCGGGAUCCAGAGGAUCGUGGGCACGGGCAAGGCGCUCACGAAGAACACAGUUCUUCAGCGCGCCGUGGAAGCGGCCUAUCAUCUGCCCAUAGUCUACGGUAGUCGCGGUGACGCGGCGGUCGGUGUAGCGCUAGCUGUCAUUAAGUACGGCUGACUCGCGUGACUGAGGGUCUCUGUGAAGAUUGUCGAAUUAAUGUUGGUGACGUCGUUAAAAAACUGCUUCUGAUCCGUUUCGCCAAGUGCGGAAUAUUGAGUAAGUGAGAGGGGGAGAGAGACGCUCUCGUUGAUUCUAAACCACUGAAGCAGGAAAGGGAACGUUUCACGGAAUGGAUAUCUCCUUGUGUAUAGGGAGUAGCAACGAUAAAGCCGGCCAUUAGCAGAUGCUCCAGUGUUAGCUUCAGUAUAGCGAUACGACGGUUCAUAUGAAUGGAGGAUAUACGCUGCUGAGGCUUAUGUAAUGUAGCUAUGAACGCGCAGUGUCUUAAACGGGUAGUCAAGCUUAUAGUCAGGGUUUUCUCCCUUUUGGCACAUGCCCCUUUGGCACUUUCGCCAAGAAAAGUGAAAAAUAAAAUAAGAAUAAGAAUAGUAAUAAGUAUCCGAGAGCGAGCUCUACAGUGCUGAGGAAUAACUAACACCUUUGCAAGGUUGUCCCGCUAAAAAAAAAAAAAAAGAAAAAGAAAAAUGCAGUGCAGCGAUUGUAUCCCUGUACCGUCGUGGUACAGUAGCAUAUAGCGCUCGGUCAUCAGUACGGUCAUUAAAUGUGCUUCGUGCAAGAGAGAGCUGACCAUUAUUCUUUGAAAUCCGAAUGAAAGCUCUCUACAUAUCAUUCCAAAAACGCAGCAGUGGGUCAUAACUGCAAAAAGAAAAAAAGAAGAAGAAAAAAAAAAGAAAAAAAGAAAGAGUCAACAAUUCACGUCACAAACGUUCCUGUCGUUUAUGUGUGUCCCAGAUCAAGUCACGUUUAUUUCACAUUUUUCAAAAGUUUUUUUGAACGAUACACUGGUGAGUGCGGGCCUUAAAAUCAGUUAUUUCGUACUUUGAUCGUUAUUUCGGGCAAGUUCGGGUUGUUUCGGACAACCUAUUCCCGAUCAAACACAUUCAUACCUUCCGCAAUGGCGGGAACAAGAAGGUACAUCGCAUCAAAACUGAUUCUCUCGGCUGCCUUCCCGGCAUGCAAUGCAAACACAAAGGAAAUAAAAUAAAGUAACUUGUUCUAAUACUGUAA